AGUGCAUAUAGCGAGCAAAGAGAAUUUGUUUUAAUAACGAAGCCUACUAAAUUACAUGAAAAAGUUGAUUGCGUUGGUUCAGUUUCAAAUUAUGGGGAGCGAUAGGAAAUCCCAGAAGAAUAAUAGGAAGAGAAGCUCUUAUUCAGCCUCCGAAGAAGAAGAUGAGGGCAGAAGCAAGAGGCAGAAAAGAAGGGUAGAAGACGAGGAGAGGAAACACAGGAGUGGUAAGAAAGACAAGGAAAGCUCUCAUAAGCACUCCAAAAGAUGUCUUGCCCGUAAAGAGAAGAAAUCAAAGGAGAAGCAGAAAGAUAAACAUUGCAAGGGUGAUGGACACUCGGUAAUUUUCUUAUCUAAAUUAUGCCUAUAUUCUUCUUUUCUUAGUCCUCUUGAGUGGCUUACUAGUUCCUUCCCAAUCAAUGCUAGCACAUUUGGGCAAGUAAAGAGAAUGCUUGGUAAUAGGACUAAUUACAACUUCCACGAGCUAUCCAAUGAUGACUAUUUCUCAAAGAACAAUGAAUUUGCUACAUGGCUGAAAGAAGAAAAAGAUGUGUUUUUUUCUGACUUAUCAUCAGAGUCUGCCCGAGAAAUGUUUUCUGACUUUGUCAAGGCUUGGAACAACCAAACACUUGAAUCCCAAUAUUAUGAAGGCAUUGUAAGCGGACCCAGGAGUGCUCAUAAGUGGAAAUUCAAAGCAUGAAAGGCUGCAGCUUGUAAUCACUUUUGUUUUGCAUAUGUUUUUGUAUUUAGUGUACUUUUGGUCUAU